AUGGAGGGGAAUCACAGUGGCUCUGCUGGAAGCACGCAGCCGUCUGUGUCGGGGGGACACACAGAUGGACACAUUUACGAGGUUGCCGUGCAGAACAGCUCCACCAACCGCAGCUCCCAGUUUGCAGAUGUGGCUCUGCUGCAGACCUUCAAGCCUCUCAUCAUCCCCUGUUACGUGCUCGUUGUGGUGGUUGGCGUCUUUGGGAAUUACCUUCUGCUCUACGUCAUCUGCCGGACCCGCAAGAUGCACAAUGUGACCAACUUCUUCAUUGGAAACCUGGCCUUCUCUGACAUGCUCAUGUGUGUGACCUGCGUCCCUUUCACUCUCGCCUACGCCUUCAACCCACAUGGCUGGGCUUUCGGCCGCCCCAUGUGCUACCUGGUGUUCCUCAUCCAACCAGUCACAGUCUAUGUUUCAGUUUUUACACUCACUGCUAUUGCUGUGGACAGAUAUUACGCAACAGUUCAUCCCCUGAAGAAGCGUACCUCUGUGUCUACGUGUGCCUCCGUCCUCACCGGCAUAUGGCUGCUGUCCUGCGGCCUGGUGGCUCCAGCCGUCACCCACACCUACCAUGUAGAGUUCAAAGAGGAAGGCUUCACCAUCUGUGAGGAAUUCUGGCUGGAUCAAGAGAAAGAAAGACGUGCUUAUGCAUACAGCACCCUGCUGGUCACGUAUGUCCUGCCGCUGUCGGCUGUCUUUGUGUCUUAUCUCUGUAUUACUGUCAAACUGAGGAAGUGUGUUGCACCAGGCCACAGGACACAAGGCCAGACGGGUGCUCAACAAGCUCGCAAGAGAAAGAUCUUUCGCCUGGUUGCUCUUCUGGUGUCUGCCUUUGCAGUGUGUUGGCUUCCAAUUCAUGUAUUCAAUGUGCUGCGAGACAUAGACAUUCACCUCAUUAACAAGCGCUACUUUUUACUCAUUCAACUGCUGUGCCACCUGUGUGCCAUGAGCUCCUCCUGCUGUAACCCUUUCCUCUAUGCCUGGCUACACGACCGAUUCCGCACAGAGUUACGCAAAAUGUUCAAGUGUCGUCAUCGCAUUGGAGUGCCUGCUAAUCACUGUGCUGCCAGUGUGGUCUUGUAAUUACCUGGUGAAGAUCAUCCUUUGUGAUUGUGUAAGUUGCAGAUUCGCCUUGAGUGCAAAUUGAACCACUGGUGUGUCAGACGAAAGGAGUUCAUUUUCGGCUCACUUGUCAAAUCCUUUUCAUGGAAAUUCAGAUUAUUCAUUAGCUAAAAGAUGUUCCAUUGGCCAGGGGUGGCUCCUGGGAAGAGGUCAAUCUGUGGGGAAUCAAAAAGAGUAAUUU